AACCGCGCGUUCACGACGCAGAAUGAGCUUGACGUGGACGCGCAAAGAGAAAAACGCUCGUUCCCGUGAGAGGACGCGUUCUGCACAUGCGCACUGAGGACAGAGCCCACAGACACGCGUACGACACCGGUGGGGGUUUCAUGUGUGUUUUUUGUGAUGCGUUGCAUUACAGCCGGAGACGCUGAGAAUUUGAACGUGUUCGUGUGCAUCAAUGAGAGAAAACGUUCGUGUUAAUGUGAACACAACCUCGGUCAUCUGCUCAGAGUUGAAUGCGACUUGCAGCGUCCUAAUAAGAGAUAGUUAUUUAUGUGGGAGUUUUUGGAGGUCGGGUCUCUGCGUUCACAUGAUGAAUCGGUGGAGAUACGAAACUCAAUCGUUCAUAAGACUGCUUUAGUAAUUUAACACGCACAAAUCCGAAUACAGAAUUGCUACGCCAGUUGAAAUCGGAUCGAGCGUCUUCAGAAAAUAUUACAGCACACCGGGCUGUUGACAAAUCCAUAUUUAUUUAAGAGACACGACACACAAGAUGGACGUCAGCGUGUCCGUGUCGUGCUUUCACGACGAGCUCGCCUCUACUGUCGAGCGCGCACUCAAAGCUGCCGUGGACACCGUCUUGUGGGAAAUUACAAAAACCGUGGGGGGCAGGUUUGCCGAAAAAGAGAAAGAGAACGAAAAGCUGAAGCUGAGGCUGGAAAUGUCGGAGCGGGAGCUGAGAGCGAUGCGAGAGUGCCUGAUGAUGAGCGCCGCCCGAAGUCCGCCAUCAGCCGUCAGCUUCAGUCGUGCCGUACAGAACUAUACCGAGGACGGGACCGGAACGUGCGUCCGGUUCAGGGAGCAGCUGAACGACCCGCGAGUCGCCGAGGACCGUGCGUUUGCAGCCGAGCAGAGACCCGUUUUAAUCGAGGAAGUCGAAACCAAAGAAAACCUUAACUGUGACGAGAUUGGAGAAAGAGCGAUAACAGACACAGGUGCUGCGGGGAAACUGGCCUAUCAGACGACAAGACCAGAGACAGAGACAGAGCUGGCGCCUGUUAAAGAGGAACCCAAUGAGUCUGUCCACAGCCAAGAGCACGGGAAUGCAAUAGAGACUGUCCACAGCCGUGGACGUGGAGCUGAAAUAGAAACUGUCCACAGCCGUGAAUAUGGAGCUGAAAUAGAGGCUGUCCACAACCGUGGACGUGGAGCUGAAAUAGAAACUGUCCACAGCCGUCAAUAUGGAGCUGAAAUAGAGGCUGUCCACAACCGUGGAUGUGGAGCUGAAAUAGAAACUGUCCACAGCCGUCAAUAUGGAGCUGAAAUAGAGGCUGUCCACAACCGUGGAUGUGGAGCUGAAAUAGAAACUGUCCACAGCCGUCAAUAUGGAGCUGAAAUAGAGGCUGUCCACAACCGUGGACGUGGAGCUGAAAUAGAAACUGUCCACAGCCGUCAAUAUGGAGCUGAAAUAGAGGCUGUCCACAACCGUGGACGUGGAGCUGAAAUAGAAACUGUCCACCGCCAUGAAUAUGGAGCUGAAAUAGAAACCGUGCGCAUUAAAGAGGAGCUCCCUGAACUCGAAUACUCUUGCACUGAAGUCCCCGACUCGGACCAUAACAACACCCGUGUCCACGACGAGCAUUCGGAACCGUCGAGCCGCCCUCCCGUCUUGGGAAUCGCUCCGGGUGAGAAACCGCACCGCUGCCCCGACUGUGGGAAGAGGUUCCGUCGCCUGGCUCACCUCCGAGACCACCGGAGAAUCCACACGGGAGAGAAGCCGUUCCACUGCGAGGACUGCGGGAAACGGUUCAGCCGUCUGGAGCACCGGAAGAUCCACCAGCGCAUCCACACGGGAGAGAAGCCGUACCACUGCGCCGCCUGCGGGAAACGCUUCAAUCAGCUGUCUGCUUUUAAAACUCACCUGCGCAUCCACACGGGAGAGAAGCCCUACCGCUGCGACGCGUGCGGCGCCAGGUUCACGUACUCCCAGCAGCUCAAAACGCAUCGCUGCCAGGGGCCGGCAAACAGCAGGGAGAAUUCACACUCGGACCUCACAGACUGGAAGACGCCGCUUCACUACGGGUUAUAAACAGCGGGAAACAACGGCCAAUGAGAGUUUGGGAUUUGUGUUCUAAGGAAAUGUGGUCAGUGCAAGUGUGUGAAGUCAUUCGUGGCUUUCAGGAAUUUGAUACAGCAAGCGUUUUUUGUCAGUAAACUCCUUUUUUUUUUAGAAACGGUCCAAAACAAAAACAUCGCAGCGAGACUUCUUGCUGGAUUUCCAAAAGCCUCGACUCCAGUUUUUUUUAUGAAGGAGACAAAAACAUCAACAUAAAACUAGAAGGGAACAGCCAGGCGCUGUAUUUCAGUAGCAGUGGGUUUUAAAAAGUCGCACGGACAGCUCCUGAACAUGUCGACUGUGUUUAUUCUCCUCGGCAGGAAUCGCAGGUACAAAUACUCAAACGUACUAGAGAACGAUUUCUCAUACCACUCAGGGGAGUCGGUCUCCUGUACCCCGCUUGCCAGCCCUGGUCACAUGACACAAAGGGGGGAUAGGGGGUCUAUAAAGCAGCAACAGCACCAUCUAGUGGUCGGCAAACUCCAACACAGCUCGCUCCAGAGUGAGAGAUCGCUAAACCCUUCUGUACAGAUUUGGAUUGAUGUAUAUGUGUAGCUGUGGCAGGACGUUUUGCAUCACA